AUGGCGCGUAAAGGCCCUGGUACAGAUGGCCCUCUACAGACAGCCCUACUGGAAUCCACGUCCGCAGCCACGACAAGAGCUUCUGAAGGACAGAAGAUCUUCAGCCCUAUAGCUGCAUUCCUCGAUAAACACCGCAGCCAAACCACCGGCCUGGCCCCUCACCUACUGAGAGCCCUCACCGCUCUAAGCGAUGACCUCGCCUCAGUAGCCCAACGACAUUUUAGCGCCUAUAUCAGCGGUCUUGAACAGUCGACUUAUGCGACUAUUACCCAAUAUGCCCCGGUCAAAUCAACUCCUACUACUCACUCCAAAGCCCAUGUUAAAAAGCCUAUGCCUCUGGUGAAACAACCCCUUCCUGACAACCGGCUCUUCGUACGCCUCCCAGCUGACCAUGCAGCUAGAAAAAUGGAAGCCUACGCUAUCUACUCUAGCCUACGGUCUCAACUAAACUCAAACAGUUCAGCACUAAAAGAAGUUCAAGCCACAAAGACUGGUUUUGCACUAUGUCCCUCAUCCCCAGAAGCCCUCCUAACCCUUGAGGCCCAAAAAGAGAUUAUCUCUGCAUUCUUUGUGAACUGCCAGAUAGAACGCAGCUCCCGAUGGGUCUCGUACCGAGUCACCAAUGUGCCAAGGAAAGUUGGCCAAAUCUUGGACGGUCAAUACUCUCUAAUCCCUGUCAAUCCUACACUACUAUCCUCAGAAAUCAGUGAAACUACAAGACUCAAGCCUAUAUCUAUCAGCGAGACCACUACAAGUGCCGCCAACCCUGAUACUCUUUCCUCAAGCUGGUUUGUCAACUUCCCAGAAGGCACGAAAUUACCACUGCCUAUCCAGCUACGCCUUUUUGGCACUAUUACCAAUGCUCGUCACCUCUCUAAGAGAACAACAGUUAUCCAAUGCACACGAUGCUGGAAAUGGCAUAAUGCACGAUCCUGUGCCCGCCCCUCUCGAUGCCGGCUCUGCGGCUCCUCAGAGCAUACUGAACAGGGACAUGUUAACCGCUGCACAGCCCUGGAGCCUCAUCAGUGCCCUCCCAGAUGCAUACACUGCCAUGGACCACAUCCUGCUGAUUUCCCAGAAUGCCUCCUGCGCCCUAAAGGCAACUCUAAACAUACUAAAGCUCAACAAGCAGAGAUCCGGAAAUCCUGUGCUAUUAACCUCGCAAAAGCUCGAACUGAAGGAGGAUGUAGCACUCAGCUCUCCAUUGGCACACAAGAAACACCUAUGGCACUAGACGAGAUGCCAACUCAGCCUCCAACCCAUGAGAUUAUCUCUCCUUUCCGUUCAGUAACCCCUCCACCUCGCGCCCCAACAGAAGAUCCCCCAAUUACAGCUCGCGCAGCGCCUCUUAAAAUCCUACAGUUAAAUAUAGGGCACGCGCCAGAUGCACAUGAAAUAGCUCUCACAUUGGCAUACACAAGCGACAUUGAUAUUAUCCUAAUCCAAGAACCAUAUAUAUUCAAAGAUCUUAGCCGACAGAUCACAAAAAAACACCCAUCAUAUGAAUGCUUCUCCCCAACUGACAGUUGGGCGAUAAGUGGCCGACCACGAGUUCUCACCUAUGUUCGAAAGAAGAAGGGCAUUCGGACCUCCCAGCUGCGCCCCUUCACAACUGACACCAAAGAGGCCUCGGAUCUCCUAUUCCUACAGAUUUUUUCGCCCACAGGAAAGUCCGCUCUGAUAGUUAACAUCUAUAAUGCCCCAGCAGGCUCCAUCAGAGCAGGCGAAGCCGCGAAAGCUCUUGCAACCCUGCCAGAGGCAUAUUUCCCUCAAGCAACGAUACUCGCAGGCGAUCUCAACCUACUACACAACAGGUGGCAGCCCUCGCUACAUCGCAGCCCCACACCUUCUGCAGAGCCGUUCAUUAACUGGCUGGACCUCCAGGGUCUAGUACUCAUCUCUGACAUAGACUGUCCCACACAUGAAAGGGGCAACGUGUUAGACCUCAGUUUCGCCUCAAGCCCUCUGGCACUCGCGGGAGCUAAAACUAGCAUAGCGAGCCACUUAGAUGCAACCUCAGAUCAUCAACCACUAAUCACCACUGUACCAUGGGAUCAGAGAUACAAGGAAACAGCUCAGAAACUGAGAUUUGACACACUAGACCACACCUCCUUCCUCUCGCUCCUCGCCUCUAAUCUCGCUGGCACCGAGAGCUCAGCCGCAACAGAAGAAGAUCUUGAUGCCCUUGCUGAAAACUGA